AUGGAGGUUCCGCUGAGGGGAUUGAUUGGUAUAUUCCAGUAUAAGAAUAAGCAGGGGAUGGUCAACCAUAUACGCCGUCCCAAGCUUGAGGCGUGCUCGUCAUUGAUUGCCAAACGCGAGGCUUUAAACGGAGUUUUUGUGUAUGGAGCGAUUCAGUGCUACGAUUAG